AUGCCAACCCCGCCCAUGGCUCCUGACCUUUUUUCUCAGCUGUACUGCGAGGAUAAUGGCGACAUUGGAGAAAAACCAUCCAAUGUUCAUAGUGCACACACUGAGCAAUCUAUUUUCAGUGUAAUAACACCACCAAACACUAUCACUUUCUGGUCAAACUACGCUAUGAAGGCUACUGUUGGUGACGGAAGCAUGAAAGUAGGUGUGCCAAAUGGUAAUAGCUCAACACUUCGACUUUCGCUUGGACAGAAAUGCGACAGUGCCUCCAUCUGGACUGCUAACGACUCUUCCUUCAAUGGAAUCAAAAUUGUGUCCGGAAAUCAAACACUAAAAGCUGGUCCAUGCACUGGAACCGAGCAUCCUCUUAACAUGGGAAGCGGACUCCUUGUUGGGAUAAAAGCUUCUGCCAGUUCAGAGGGUAAUCCAACGAAAAUCUACUCAAUCAAUCUCAUGUUUUUGAAACCGGUCAAGUCUCUCGUCUCGAAAGUAACGAAGAUCGAUCUGCCACAUGGGCGACAAGGAAUUUACCCCGUUACGGUGGAUUACUACAACUUCACCAACAAUAAUCGCGGCAAGUCGGAGGAAACUUGGACAUGGUCAAACAGUAUCUCAAAGCACACGACCACUUCGUGGCAUCAGAAUGCGUCAGUGACAUUCGGUGCUUCGAUGUCGGUCAGUGCUGGAGUGCCAGGGAUUAUAGGCGUUUCGGACUCGGCCCAGUGGUCUAUCACUGCUGGAAUAUCCCACGAUCAAUCGGAGAGUGUGGACAAAACUCUCCAGUGGAAUGUUAACGGUACUCUGAAAUAUGGGGAAACGGUCCACUGCGUGGCUCUGAGCCAGGAGGGAAAGGUGGAUGUUGAUUACGAGUCCGAAGUCACGGUCACUCUUCAGUCUGGCCAAACCUUUACGUUCGAGGAGACCGGUCGAUUCAAGCGGGUGGACUAUUCCAGUGUCGACGUCCAGACAAAGUGA